CUGCCUCUGUCGCUCUGCAGCUUCUCGAGCAGAGCGCAAAGUCCCACGCUGCUUUCAAAGGGCUGAAACGAUGGGAGCCUGGUCAAGACUCGCCCCCAUGGCGCAUCAGGCCUCAAAUUCACGGCCGCAGGCGAGAUACCCUGGCCAUUUCCGUGGGUGGCUUGAUAUGGAUCUGCAUUUGCUGCUUACCUCCACCGACGAGAAGUGCUCAUCCUCCUCCUUUCGCCAGUCGUUCUCUGCGUGGACACUCAUACAGGGACCUGGGCCUCAGAUUCUCCGGUAGACUUCUAUUCUCUCCUCAUUCAAGCCAUCCUCAGACCGGCUUUUCCAGGUCCUUCCUGUUGUCUGCUCUCCUUCGAAUUCGCGUGCCGCAUCAGACCAGCGAACCCCGACCGCUCGAACCGAGUCACUAAAGUUCGCACUUCAAAAACCAGCCAUUGAAGAGCAUCUCUCCGCGUUUGCACUCGAUUUUCCUCUGCCUGGCCCAUGGUCUGCCAUCAUUACACAGCAGCCGAGACGUGGAAGUACUCAAGUUACACGGGCCAAGUUCUAAAUCUUAACUCGCCAUCCUCUUCCUGAUUAUCGGCCCUCUGGUGCGUGCAUACAAGAUCACAGAAGAAAAGAUCGUCGGGAUCGUACAUCUAAGUACAUGGGGUUCAGAGCCAGAAGGUUGUGUUCGAUGAACAUGUAUUCUUGUGAGGGCAGGGUGCUCGUGAACAAUAACCACCAUUACCUGAAUUGACUGACAUCUGUCUCGGGCUGUCUCGGACUGUCUGCUCCCGCGCAAUGUCGAUAGACAAGGACGGCAAUGGAGGGCAGGCGUUUGUUCGCCCGCCCGCGCACCCGGUGCCGCAAUUGCAAAAGCCUUUCGAGGAGUCGAUGCUAGAAUCAAUAUCUGAUCAGGUGGCGGAAGACAUCCCUACUGAUGCCAUGUCACGAAGGACAAUCCUUCUCGAGGCGCCUACCUAUCAACGGGUUAUUGCCGGGAGGUGGAAGCAGAAACCAGGAGAAAAAUAUCAUCCAUUGUGGAAACUCGUGGCCCAACUGACCUUUGGAAUGCAUCUUCUAUCACAGAACAUGGCGAUUUCAGAAGACGAAGUCAUGAGAAUCUUGCAAUCCCACGUCGACGACAUCGAUGCUUUCCUAGAGCGUACCACAGAGGACUUCGAUCUUGCACAAAGCGAUAUUCACGAGAGAAUACGAUGUCUCAAACUCCCACUCGCACACGGAGAAGUGUUUGAUCGAAUGUUGGAAGAUCGGGCAUUUCGCGCUUCAAUUCUCGAUGGGAACGAAAAGAUUGACCAUGUCAUUGGCCGGACCAAGAAGGCGGCCAAGGAUGCACUGAAGGACGUCCAGAAGGGAUUCGAUGCUACCAACGUGAUGGAAAAAUACCUGUCUAAAUUGAACUCAACAUGGAAGAGAGGAUCACCUGAGCAUGAAGCUGUUUUAGUCGCUAUGCUUGGGAAUGUCGAAGGAUGGCGCAGAGCUUUCUUGGAGUUACAUCUACAAGGGAACAAGCUGGCUGGUUCUCUGAAGAAGCUCGCGGAGGUGGUUUCGGAGAUGCAGCAAAGAGCUGCUGCAGUCAGCAGGAAUCUCGUGGCUAGAGCUCAAAAGACGAAACACAUUACUUCUCAGGAUGCUGGUCGUGCUCCUUCUCAGUUAGGGUCUAUCGCCGAACACAAGCCGCUGCCGAGUGAGCCGGGUCGCCAACACUCGACCAGAAAUUCAUCUCGGAGUACCCAACUUACCAGCUUCUCCAGUCGACCGAACAGCGGCCAGAAAUCAAGUCAAGGAUUGGCCUCGCAACCACAAUCUAUUGGGCAUCAAUCGCCGCAAUCCGCUGGGUCCAGAAGACCAGGCAACGGAGAAAUUUCUGGGCGGCCAUUUUCUUCCGAGGCGUUGACGACCGAGGGGCCACAGCACACUGCAGACCGAAUGCAUAGUCUAGGAGGAUUGCUCAUCCAACACGUUGAGGAGCAGCUUGUCGAGCUUCCGGCCGAUGUUCCUGAAGAUGUACUUCGACAAGCGCCGGUGUCGAUCAAAAACCGGUUGAGUAUGACACUUGGGCUGAAGCCAAAGGACAACUCGAGCCACCGCAUAUCCAGUGUCUACUAUCCGAGAGCAUUGGGUGAUCUUCUGAAGUCUCCCGCUAUAUCCUCUCUGUUACUUACGCCGCAACCCGGAAAGUCGAAAGGCACACCUGUGCAGGCUAUGAUAUCGCCCGUCAUGUCGGAAGGGGAGGCCGGCUUCUUCCUCUCGCAUGAACAAAGUCCUUCGAUUGGGCUGUUCAAUCUGGAUUACAGGAAGGACACCGACUCUGCCAAAGCGUCUCCGACCGCUGCUCAGGCGUCAGCUCGAGCCUCGAUAGUGGAUCCGUCUAGGCCGGUAACACGUCGUUCAUCAAUCCCUAACCCAGCGUUUACUUCGCACCCUGCUGUGAUGGCGAUGGCAUCUCCUCCAGUAGAGCUUCCUGCGCCGGUCGAGCCAGCGGUGAGAGAAGAGCGGUCAAACUCUUCUUCAUCGAGGAAAGGCUCUCAACUAUCGAGCCUGGGUGAACCUGGACCGGAGUUGAACGAAGGUGAAAUGACACGGUCGACCUCGGGAUCGGUGUUGGACACGAGAAUUCUCAUUGACACAUCAACCAUUACCGUCGCUGUCGUGCCAGCCUCUGCCGAGGAAGAGACAUUUGCAGCCGCACAACGAAAGGCUGAAGACGAUAUGCAGAGUCAGCUCCACAGCCAAUUAGAGACGACAAACACCACAAACAAUGGUCUAGAGGAAGUGGUGACAGGGCCAUUGCAGCCUCAGAUGACAGCUACAGCGCCUCCGCCGACUAAAGAAACUGGACACGCCGAUGAUGGCGAAAAGUCACAAGUCACCGUUGAAGUGCCGACGAGUGUUGAAGGCGAUGCCACAGCCAAAACAAAUUCAGACAGCAUCUCAAAUAAUGUGCUUGCUCAGAACCCCGAUGGCGUGGCCUCAAAGACAGAAUUUAUUGCCGAGUUAGAGGCCAUUGUUCCCAAACCCCUGCAGCCCAAGGCAAAGGAAGAGGUUGGACCAGUAGAGCUGGAGGCUCCACAUCAGACUUUCAACCUCCCUCCCAGACCAGUCGCCGCCCCUGAGAAUACAGAGAAAGAAGUUCCUCGUGCCAGCAAAGGCCGGCUCGAUGAUUUUUUCAAGCUGCCUACCGAACUUACAAUCAAACCUGGCAUGAAGCCCAAGGACUUUGGGGAUUCCAACGCACCAGAGCCAAUCCGACCCUUGAAGUUGAAGCUCACCAAGAAAGAUGGCAAGAUUGUUCCCGUACAAGUCCCCAGCCCUGGCGGGAGUUCGAAGCCGCUAAUUGGCAGUCCUGGGCCUAAGCUCAAAAUAGAUGUUGUUGCAGAUAUCAUCGACAGACUCUCGUAUACACCGCCAGGUUCACCUAUUCAUGCCAGAUCAGCUUCGAGCGUCUCUUCAAAUUCGGCACAGUGCUGGUCACAUCGAUCAUCGCGUUCGUUAGGACCCCCAGUACAGGCACCUGCACCGCCGGCUCCUGGAGGCCGACCCAUGGUGGACCCUGAUUUCGCCUCUGCGGGUCAAUUCGAUGGGGAACGCAAGCAGAAGAAAAAGAAGAAGAAAAACAGUACAGUUGGGGGGAGCAAAAGUGGAUGGAAAAGUCUGUUCCGAGGAAGCAUUGCGGACAGUAUCGGUGGCGGUGGUGCAAAGAGUUCCGAGGGGGGUUCUAUAACAACGACCACCACGGCGACAACUGCAACAAAUGCUUCUGCAUCGGCGUCUGGCGCAGGCUCGGAGGCAGGUCCCGCCCCCGUUGCGGAUAUGAUGACGACGUCUGGCAAAGACGUACUUUGGUUCAAGGGCGAUACGAAGAAAUGACCUGGCGUAUCGUUUGAGCGCAGUCUUUGAUAGAGGCGGAGUGGAACAUCGAAGAUGUUCUCGGUUGCCGGGCCACCGUCAGCAAUCUAUGCAUGCUGAGCAGGUGAGCAGAGUGCAUAUAAGAUGAUAAAUCCUUUUAAUCUAAUCCCA